AUGCGCAUCCACGACGGGCUGAAAAGCGACGAGGCAGACAACGCCGCCUGGGAAGCUGGCAAAGGCGCCAUCAUCGGGGCCGCAAAAUGGGGCGCCGGAGCGGCCGUGCUAGGCGCCAUCGGUUACGUCUGGUCGCCCAUAUACCGCGCAACCACGAUCCAGUUCAAAGUAUACAUUCAGAUGUCCGGCAUGGUGCUCGGGGGCAUGAUUGAGGCGGACUGGCGGUUGAGGCAGUAUGAGUACCAGAUGAGGAUGCAGAGGCGUUGGCUCCGCGAAAAGGCAAAGUGGGAUCGGUACGAAGCAGAAUUCUCCAACAAGAAUGACAAAUAA